AUGAAGGAGGGAGGGGAGGGGGGGAGCGGCGGCGGCGGGGGCAGUAAGAUAGGGAGGAUGGCGGAGGCGCCGUUCCGGGUGCUGCGGCGUGCGAGGGACGCGUAUGUGAACGGCAUGACGGGCAUCGCCGGGAGGGCCAGUUCUCGGGGGAUAGUAGGCGCGUCGAGGGGCUACCGCUUUCCGCCGCCGCGGCCCGACAGCGGCAGGGGGAAUGACCUGGGGGAGCUUCUCAGGUCCGCCUCCGCUCCCAUCAAGGCCACAGAAGGGGCUGUUGCGAGGAGCCAGAGCUUGGGGAUCGCCAGGAUCGACGAGAACGAGGCCUGCGACUUCAGCGGUGACGUCGUUGGCGGCCCGUUCUGGCCGAGAAGUCGGAGCUCCGCCGAGGUAGAGAACAGGGUAGGAGGGUUCUUGCCAUGA